AUGGGCGCCUACAAGUACCUUGAGGAGAUGUGGCGCAAGAAGCAGUCCGACGUCAUGCGCUUCCUGGCGCGGCUGCGGAACUGGGAGUUCCGCCAGUUGCCGGCGGUGCACCGCUGCAGCCGGCCCACGCGCCCGGACAAGGCACGGAAGGUGGGCUACAAGGCCAAGCAGGGCUACUGCGUCUACCGCGUCCGCGUGAAGCGCGGGGACCGCAAGAAGCGUGUGGCGAAGGGCAUCGUCUAUGGCAAGCCGGUGAACCAGGGCAUCAACAAGUGGAAGUCGGUGCGGAACUUGCGGUCCAUCGCGGAGGAGCGCGUGGGCCGGAAGUGCGGGGCCCUGCGGGUGCUGAACUCGUAUUGGGUGGCCCAGGAUGCGGUGCACAAGUGGUACGAGGUGGUGAUGGUGGAUCCCUUCCACAAGUGCAUCCGCGACGACCCCCGCAUCAACUGGAUCUGCAAGCCUGUGAUGAAGCACCGCGAGCUUCGAGGCCUCACGGCGGCGGGGCGCAAGGCCAGGGGUCUGCUGAAGAAGGGCAAGCGUGCAAACAAGCAGCGACCUUCCUCCCGUGCGGUGUACCGCAGGCACAGCCUCAUGCGGCUGCGCCGCUACCGCUGA